UUAGGAAGGACUACGAAUCCCAGCGAGCAGAGCGUGAUGCGAGGACACAAGAGGAGGAGCCCGGAGCCGUCUAGCCGCGGAACCAGGGGCCCCAGCAUCUGGUAGAGGUGCCAUGGGGAAGCGCUACUUCUGUGAUUACUGUGACCGCUCCUUCCAGGAUAACCUGCACAACCGAAAGAAGCACCUAAAUGGGCUGCAGCACCUCAAGGCCAAGAAGGUGUGGUAUGACAUGUUCCGAGAUGCAGCUGCCAUCUUGCUGGAUGAACAGAACAAGCGACCCUGCAGGAAGUUUCUGCUGACAGGCCAGUGCGACUUUGGCUCCAACUGCCGAUUUUCCCACAUGUCAGAGCAAGAUCUGCAGGAGCUGAGCAUCCAGGUGGAGGAGGAGAGGCGGGCCAGAGAAUGGCCGCUGGAGACUGCUGAGCUUCCUGAGGGCCACCUGGAGGACUGGCUGGAGAAGAGAGCUAAGAGGCUAAGCUCGGCCCCAAGUAGCAGAGCUGAACCCAUCAGAACCACUGUCUUCCAGUACCCAGUCGGCUGGCCGCCAAUGCAGGAGCUGCCCCCCUCCCUGCGGGCACCCCCACCGGGAGGAUGGUCCGUACAGUCCAGAGUCCAGUGGGGUUGAGCUCUCCCCACUUCCCUGCCUGACUUCCCACCUGUCUCAUCAGUCACAGUAAAGACAAUUGCCCAACCUAGGAAGCAGAGCUGCCUUCCCUCCAUUUGCCCUGGGGCCUCUGAGCCUGGCCUCUGCUUCCGCUGCCAUCCUGCCAUCCUCGGGGUGUUUCUCGAGAAGAUGGGUGAGAAACAUCCGAAUAUUUAUAAAGAAAGUCUGUCCUGA